CUGUGACACCUCCUUAGACGUGGUGAAAGAUGUGUGGCCAGUGGUCGAUAAGUCAAUUCUACAGUUCUGUUACAUUUUAAUAAAUAUUGUGUUCACACGGUGGUGAGUUUCUAUUGUCAAAUCAAUAGAAUUUCGUAGAACUUUGAGUUGAUAAUGAAUCAUGACCAACUGAUUCUUCUCCACUGAAAUCUCUCUGAGUCAUUCAAAACCACUCAAAAAUUCCUUCGCUCAGAAACCUCCCUGAGCCCAUAUCCUUCGAUUUCUCCAGUUCGCACCUUAGGUCUCUCUUUUAUUUUCUUUAUUUCAAAUUUUUUCUUCCCUAUUUCCGGUUUGAAAAAAAAUUCCGUUUCGGUAUUAUCUAAUUUCUUUAAAAAAAAAAAGGUUUUUGCAUUCGGUUAUUUCUCGUUUACUAUAUAAAUUUCUUUUUUCAUUUCUCUUAUUUAUUGUUAAUUUUGAAACUUGUGUUUUAUCGUGUUCUGUCUAAUACUUGUCUUUUGAUUAUAUUCAUCUGCUUUACUUCUGUUCGGUUUUUCAAAAAAAAAAAAAUUUGAAAAAAAAAAUGGUUGAUGUUGCCGGGAGUAUUGGGGGAGUGUUGAGUCCUGUCCUUGAAGUUGGCAAAUGGUUGGCUGCUCCAAUUUGGCGUCAAUUUAAGUACUUGUAUAAGUACAGUACCAAUUUCAAAAAGCUGGAAAAGGAAGUUAAGAAGCUGAAGAAUACAAGGGACGAAGUUCAGCAUAAGGUUACUGUUGCUGAAAGAAAUGUGGAAGAGAUCAAACAGAAUGUUAAAGACUGGCUGAAGGAUGUGGAGAAGACAAUUACAGAAGCAGAGCAGUUGAUUCAAGAGAAGAUAAACAACCCUCCAUGUUUUAAAGGAUUGUGCUCCAACUACAAGCAAAGCAAGAAAGCUUUCAAAUUAAAGUGGGAUGAUAUUGAUCACCUCCUCCAGCAGGAAAAGGAAUUCGAUCAAGUUUCCUUUCCUACUAUUCAACAAGAUAUCUGGCUUAGAUCUAGGGAAGAUUAUUUGGCGUUCGAAUCAAGAAACUCCAUUAUGAAGAAUGUAUGGGAUGCUCUAAAUGAUGAGAAUGUGUACAUGAUUGGUGUUUAUGGGAUGGGUGGUACUGGGAAGACCACUCUUGUGCAAGAAGUUGGAAGGAAAGCGGCGCAGGAUAAUCUAUUUGAGGACAUUGCUUUUGUUGAGGUAACACAAACUUUGGAUAUAAAAAAGGUUCAAACAGAAAUUGCAGAGAAGUUAGGCGUAAAAUUCAGUCACGACAGUGAAAGAGCAAAUAAGUUAUAUGAGAGAUUGAAGAGAGGUAAGAAGAUCCUUUUAAUUUUAGACAAUAUUUGGGAAGAUGUUGAUCUCAGGACUAUCGGUAUUCCUUCUGAAAUGGAUCAUGGGGGAUGUAAACUAAUGUUCACGACAAGAAACUUAGAUGCAUUGCAGAAGAUGGGUUCCACAAAUAAUUUCAAGAUGAGCAUUUUAGAAGAAAAUGAAGCUUGGAACCUAUUCAGGAAGAUGGCAGGUGAUGUUAUACAAACAUGUGAAUUGAAUUCUCUACCGAAUGAUGUAUGCAAGGAAUGCGGAGGAUUGCCCAUUGUCAUUUGCACUAUAGCAAAAGCAUUAAGAAACAAGAGUCAUCCAACUGAUUGGAAAGUAGCAUUGCAAGAAUUAAGAGCACCAUCACCAAAAAAGUUCAUAGGAUUCCUAGAAAAGGAAUACAUGAAGAUGGCCUUAAGUUACAAUUAUUUAAGGGAUGAAGAACUUAAGAAAACGUUUUUAAUUUCCAGUCUAAUGGGAAAUAAUACUUCCAUUUCAGACUUAUUCAAACAUGUUGUGUGUUUGGAUAUACUUGAAGGAGCUAAUUUGACAAUGCAAGAUGCACGAGAUCGAUUGGAUAAAUUGGUUCGUGACCUCAAAGAUGCUAGUUUGUUACUAGACGGGUUUAGAAGCGAACAAUUUUCUAUGCAUGAUGCAGUUCGUGUUGUUGCUAUAACAAUAGCAUACGUGGAUCAUCAUGUAUUUACAGCAAAAAAUGACAUUGAACGGGAAUGGAAGGAUAGCGUUAAACUCAAGAAAUGCACAAAAAUCUCCCUACAUGGUAGCAGUACUAUUAUUAGUCAAAUUUGGCCUAAUGAUUUGGAUUGUCCAGCUCUUGAAUAUUUCUAUAUGCCCAACUCUUACUUCAGAAUCCCUGAGGACUUCUUCACAGUGAUGCCGAAGUUCAAAGUUUUAAAUUUAUUUAGGCUACACAGAUUGUCAUUGCCAUCAUCCCUUCAUCUUUUGAAAAACCUUCAAACACUAUGUUUAGAUAAUAGCACAAUUAACGAUGUUGUUGUUGUUGGAAAGCUAAAAAAACUAAAAGUCCUUAGCUUGAAGCAUUCAUUUAUUAAGGAGUUGUCUGAAGAAAUAGGUCAAUUGACUGAACUCAAGUUAUUAGAUUUAAGCAAUUGUAAACAAUUGAAAGUUAUUGUGCCAAAUGUCAUAUCAAAACUAUUGCAAUUAGAGGAAUUUCAUAUAAAGGGCUGCCCUAUUCAGUGGAAGGUUGAAGUACUCAAGGAAUUAAAGCUCUUGUCUAAUCUCACGAGUGUAGAAUUGGAUGUUAGAGAUAACAAUGUGCUACCUAAAAACUUAUUUGCCAAAGAGCCUAAAAGGUACAAAAUAUCAGUAGGAGAUUGUUCGGUCCUAUAUCAAGAAUAUGGCGAACUUGAGCAUUAUGGGGAACAUGAGCUUUUGAGGAUGUUGGAAUUUAAAUUUAAUUCUAUCAGGUCAUUAGAAGAAUUAUAUGGAUUUAAGAAUGUUGAACUCUUAUGCUUAGCUGAAUCUUCAGAAGAUCAGAACUAUGUUGAUCAUUCAAAUUUUGAUUUGCAGUCCAAUGAAAUCAUGCCUCUGUUUAAUGAAAAGGGUAUUUUUACCAAUUUUAAGGCAUUGGUAUUGUACAAUAUUAGUUUGGAAAAGAUUUGGGAUAGUCGAAUUUCAACCCCUCCCUCUCAAAAUUUGAAACGACUGACAUUGAAGAGAUGUGGAAAGAUGACAUAUGUGUUUCCAUUUUCUAUAGCCAAAAGCCUCAGACAACUUCAAUGCCUAGAGAUAAUAAAUUGUGAGGUUUUAGAGAAGAUUGUUGAAGAAGAAGGAGCAGAACUUGUGGUUAAUUCUAUCUUUCCACAGGUAACCAAAUUGGUGCUCAAAAAAUUACCAAAACUUACAAUUUUUUAUCUAGGAAUACAAGUUUCAGAGUUGCCGAUGUUAAAAUGGUUGGAGAUAGAGAACUGUCAAAAAUUCACUCCAAGAUAUUUGGGCUUGCAAAAUGAUAAUACGAAGGGUGAACUUCAAAUUUCAGAGUCAAAAUUCAUUCGCUUGGAACAUAAGAUCAACCACAAUUUGGAGAAUUUUGAAUUAAGCGAUAGUGUGACAUACAUUACAUGGAAUAGUCAAUAUAAAGAUCUUAUAAUCUGCAACUCAGCAAAUAUUCCACUUGGACUCCUUCAAAGAUUUCAAAGUGUGAAAAAGCUCCAACUACGUUCUUGUGAAUUCAAAGAAAUUAAGAGUGUAUCAAAUCUUCCAAAUCUUGAAUAUCUAGCAGUAGAAUUCCGUUGCUACUUGAGGAGUCUAGUGCCAUUUUCAGCUUCCUUCCAGAAUCUUAAAGUUCUCAUAGUCAGGUAUGUAAAUGGGUUAGUUGUCUUAACAACACCUUCAAUGGCUAGAAGCUUGAUGCAGUUGAGAGAAUUAAAAAUAUCAAAUUGCGAAAUACUUGUUGAAAUAGUAGAGAAUAAGGGAGAUGCAUCAAGUAGUACCGAAAUUGUUUUUGACAAUUUGAAGUUGGUGUCACUUCAAGGGUUAAAAAGUUUCACAUGCUUUUGCUCUGGGAAUUACUCUUUCAAUUUCCCAUCACUAGAAGAAUUAGUUAUAGAAAAUUGUCCUAACUUGAAGACGUUCUCUCAAGGAAUGUUAAACACUCCAAAGCUGCACAAAGUCAAUUACAAGGAAAUAAAGAACGAGGGGAACGAUCUUGAUAAAAUCAUACAUGGAUUGUGCAAAAAGAAAGAUAAGGAAAUCUCCCUUGAUUUCAAGUACAAGGCAUUCCACAGUGAUAAUUCUACAGAAAUUUGCUACAACCAGCACCCAACUUCCUUCUAUCAAAAUUUGACACAGUUGGUCCUUUGGAAUUGUGGAAAUAUAAAAUAUGCAUUUCCACCUUCCAUUGUCAAAACUCUCCACCAACUUCAACAACUAAUGAUAGGGGAUUGUAAGGUUUUAGAAGAGAUUGUUGCAAAAGAAGAAGGAGUAAAUGUUAUGGUCAAUUUUGUCUUUCCGAAUUUAACCUUAUUGAAGCUUGAAAAUCUACCAAAUCUUACUGUUUUCUACCAUGAAAUGCAUACUUCAGAAUGGCCAAAGUUGAAAGAGUUGGUGGUGAGAAAUUGUGCCAAGUAUCUGAGCUUUAAAAAAAACAAUGAGGAGAUUGAAUUUAAAAUUUUAGAUCCAAAAUCUAUCUUCUUGGAAGAUAAGAUCAACUCCCAUUUGGAGGUUUUUGAAUUACGGAAUGAUUCAGCAGAAAUUACUUGGCAAAAUGAAUCUAAAACUGUUAAAAUCCUUUGGGAUAAGUCAGCAUAUAUUCCACUUGGACCUCUUCAGAGAUUUCACAAUUUGAAAGAGCUUCAACUAAUUGGUUGUAAUUACAGAGAAAUUAAGAGGCUAUCAGAUCUUCCAAGUCUUGAAGUUCUACAUGUAUCUUCGUGUGAAAAAUUGUUGAGUCCACUGCUGUCUACACCUUUCCAGAAUCUUAAAGUUCUUAAAGUACAAAGUUGCAGGGGGUUGGUUAACUUAAUAACACCUUCAACAGCUGGAAGUUUGGUACAAUUGAGAGAAUUGAAAAUAUCAGAGUGUCACAUGCUGAUUGAAAUUAUAGAAAACGAGGGAGAUGCAACAUUGAGUGGUGAACAAGUUGUUUUUAACAAUUUGAAUAAGUUGUCACUUGAAUAUUUAGAUAGUCUCUCAUAUUUUUGCUCUGGGAAUUACUCUUUCAAUUUCUCAUCUUUGGAAGAGUUAAUUAUAGAAGGAUGCUUCAAUAUGAAGUAUUUUUGUCAAGGAAUGUUAAGCACACCAAUGUUACACAAAAUCAAUUAUGGGAGAAAGGAGGUAGAAAAUGAAGGGAAUGACUUGAAUUCAACUAUACAACAAUUAUACAAAGAAAAGGUUGACUCCAAUAUAAAGACAUUGAAAUUAAAUGGACGGGAUAUUAUGGCGAUUUGGCAAGGAGAGUUUCAGGAGAACUUGUGCAUAGUAGAAACUCUUGAAUUAAUUAAGGAUGAAUAUACAUAUAUUCCGAUUCAAAUCCUUCAAAAAUUUGUCAGUCUUGAAAACCUCAUAUUGAAAGUGUGUUCAUACGAAGAACUGUUCUCGUUUAAAGAAGGUGAAGAGGACAUUGGAGUAUUCACAAACUUUGAAACAUUAGAAUUGCGGGGGCUUUUUAAUUUAAAAAGCAUUUCAAAUCAAGACUCCCGAUUGAACUCAAUUCUUCAAAAUCUUCAUUCUUUAUAUGUAAACUAUUGUCACAAUUUGACUACUUUGCUGCUGCCUUCACAGUCAUUUGAAAAUCUAAGGACUUUGAGUGUACAUCAUUGUAAUGGAAUGCAAAACUUAAUGACAUCCUCAAUAACCAGAAGUCUAAUGUGUCUUGAAAGCUUAUCAAUAGAAAAAUGUGAAAUGAUGGUAGAAGUAUUAGCAAAUGAGGGAGAUAUAUCAAACGGUGAAGUUGUUUUUAGGAAAUUGAAGGAAUUGUAUUUGUUUGGUUUAGAAAGUCUCACACACUUCUACUAUGGGAAUUACACCUUAAAAUUCCCAUUCUUGGAAGGAUUAUAUGUGAGUAGAUGCUCCAAGAUGAAGACCUUCUCUAGUGGAGGCUUAAGCAUGCCAAGAUUAUCAGAAGUGAAUUGGAAAAGUUGUUCAAGUGACUUAAAUUCAAUUAUACAACAAUUACAAAAUGAUUGUGCAAAGUUAUGGGAAAGAUUCCCAUAUUAGCAAACUGCAAAGUCACGUUGUAAGUGUGUGGCAUUAGGUGUCUGUUAAGAAGAUAACGCUGAAAUGUAUUGCAGAUUACAUUGUUGAUGUAACUUGUAAACCGGCUGGACUCAGUCACAACUAUGGAGCCAUAUUUACCGUGUAAAUUGUCUUGCUAAUUCUCAAGUAUAUUCACUUCCACGUUUGAUUCUGAAGUUUCUAGUCUCAAAUCCAUGUUUCCUGCCUGUUUCCAUCUUCUGGUGUGUUUUCAGCCUUUUCCUCUGUAAUUCCCUGGAGGUCUCUGGGUCUGUGUUUCUCCUCUGCAUCGGCCUAGCUUCUUCCCGUGAGUUCUUGGGUCCUGUGGAGGUGCCGUUCUGCUGCUGGUCUAUUUUGGCUUGGGUUGGCUCUCUGAAGCUGCUUUGGUGCUAAAAUCCUGUCCUGUUCUCUUGCCUUUCUCCUUCUGUGGAGUUGCUGAUUCCUGCAUCCCUCUCCCCUGUUGUCUCUCUCCUGCAUUGGGGUUCAUUGGGUUUGUUGGCCUUUUGCUGCCUUGCUGCUGCCUAAUUUGAGUUCUUGGCUGCCGGUUCUGCUGGCACCUUCCCUCGUUUGAUGGUUGCCGCUUUCUUAAUCCUUUCUCUCCCAGCGUCCUUUCUUGUCUCUCCUGGAGCGUUCCAGCAGUGUUUUUGCGCGGGUGGUUCUUGGUUGUGGUUCCAGUCAGUUGCGUCUUAGUGAAAUGGUUGCACAUUGGUCCAUUUCUGUGUUUGCUCCUGGUUCCUGGGAUGCUGCAUCAGGUGUGUGCCGGUUGACGCUUCAUACUGUUGGCUGGGUUCUUCUUGCUGUCUUUGGCGACCUGCCAUGGCUGGAUGUGCCGGGUUCAUUGUUAUUUUAAUUUCAGUUGGUCCUCUCAAGUACGCUUUCUGUUCUUAAGUGGUUUGUUGGUUUGCAAUUGAGUGAGAGUUUUAGCCAUUGGGCUCGUGAUGUUGUACUUAGAGUGUGUUUUUACAAUGUUUUUAAUAUUGGAUCGAUGAUUAAAUCGAUUGUCUCA